AUGGCAGCCAACAACCCUGAUCAAACACCUCAAGAAGCUCUUCCAGAGGAGGCACAAAUGGCAGCCAACAACCCUCCUCAAGAAUCUCUUCCAGAGGAGGCACAGAUGGCAACCAACCCUCAAACACCUCAAGAACCUCUUCCAGGGGAGGCACAGAUGGCAACCAACAACCCUCAAACAUCUCAAGAACCUCUUCCAGGGCAGGAGGUUUCGGGAGAUCCAAACAUGGAACCUGCAGUGUCUUCAACUGAAGCUGCACAGAUGGCAACCAACAACCCUCAAACAUCUCAAGAACCUCUUCCAGGGCAGGAGGUCUCGGGAAAUCCAAACACGGAAUCUGCAGGGUCUUCAACUGAAGCUGCAGUAACGGAGCAAGAUGACACAAGUAACUCCAAUCCCAUGAUGAUCCUCCUUGAUCCGUCCGGCGUCCAUGGCAAAGAACAAUUUCGCAUAAUGGACCCCAUUGGAACAGCGUGUAAUGGGAGCUUACAGGUCUACAAAGCGGCCUACAUAGCCGAUCGUUGUGAAACAUAUGCAACACUGAAUCUUCGAGAUGUCUUUGUUACCGUGAAAUACGUGAGUGUGUAUCCAGAAACUGAAGUCUCCAUGAAUCUGAGAGCCCGAAUUGAAAAGAAUGGCCUAAUCCCCGAUCACCCAAACAUACUGGGGACCAGGAAUGCUUUCUUUUACGGGGGAAAUAUGUGUGUUGUUUUCCCUUUUAUGGAACUGGGCUCCAUGCAAUCCAUAGUGACUAAUACAUUUCCUGAUGGCAUGCUAGAAGGUUGCGCUCUUGUGGUUUUGAGAGAAACCCUUAGAGGUCUCUUCUUCAUCCAUUCAAAGGGCCAUGUUCACAAAGAAAUCAGUUGUGGCCAUAUUUUCUUGAAUGCAAAACCUGAAAUUAAGCUGGCUUUUUCAGCGUCUGUAUUCGAACUCUAUGAAGAUCAAGAUCAGUCUUCUUCUUCUUCAUCAUCAUCAUCAUUUCUGCCGGCGGCUUCUAUCUGCGAGUGGGCCGCCGCGCCUGAGAUUCAAGAAUCUGUUAACAGUGAAUAUACACAAAAAGCUGAUAUAUGGUCGAUUGGGAUUACUGCCCUGGAAUUGGCCUAUGGUGGGCUGACGGUUAUGAACAGGGAAGUCCUGGAGAACAUUGUGGCAAAGAUAAAUCUGAAAAAGAAGCUACCCAAGAAAAUCAAGAAAGAGGGUGAUCGGAUGAGGGACAAAAUGGCGUGUUUGGUUCCGACCGGGGGUCAUUUCAAGAAGAAUAGAUUCUCUAAAGAGUUUGAAAAUUUGGUGGUAAAAUGUCUGGAUUUGGACCCGACAAAGAGGCCAACUGCUGAUGAGCUGCUGCAGGAUGCAAUCUUCACUAAUUUGAACUUGAAUGUACGUUUCUUUGCAGCUUUGGUGAGGGACUGA